GAAUGAGCAGUACCCCCCCGCGGCCCCGCCACACAUCCCAACAGUCAAAUGAUUCCAUUGGGGCUCUGUGGAUUGUCGUGUAGCCUUCUGUGACGUCAGCAGCGAGUAGAAAGACAAAGCGCACCAGCCUGCCAGCCUGCCAGCCAGCCAGCCAGCCAGCCAGCCAACCAACCAGCCAGCCAGCCGCGCUGCACGCACGCACGCACGCACGCUCGCUCGCUCGCUCACUCACUCCUGUGAGGCUGGCUGCCGCUGACCUCUGUGCAUCCCAUCCCAGCCCAGCCCAGCCCAGCCCAGCCCAGCCAGGACCAGCCAGCCGGCUGUCUGUGUGUGUGUGUGUGUGUGUGUGCCUGUCACCCAUUUGGUCCUGCCUGAUAUUUUCACGGAAUUAACACCAUGGGGAGACUGGACGCUUUCCGCCAAUUCAAUUUACGCAACUGGCUCCGAGACGAACGGCACUCGAGGAAACUUAUUCUUUUCAUUGUUUUUGUGGCUCUGCUGUUGGAUAACAUGCUGCUGACUGUGGUGGUGCCCAUCAUCCCCAGCUACCUGUACAACCUGGACGAAGCGACAGACGAGGUGUCCAAUAGCACCUUAGCGCCGCUCCAGAGCACUCCGGCGGCCUUCGAUCGAAUCGUGUCCUUAUACGACAACACGGUGAGGUCGUCGGGCUCGGACGGCGCCGCGACCGACGCCGCCCCGUCCGCGGCCACGACGGCGGCCGGCGCCUGGCUGCCGCAGAACUCCUCCGACUGCCCGCUCUCCACCAAGAAGCUGAUCAACGAGAAUGUCAAAGUGGGGCUGUUGUUUGCCUCCAAGGCCACCGUGCAGCUGCUGACCAACCCCUUCAUAGGGCCGCUCACCAACAGGAUUGGAUACCAGCUCCCCAUAUUCAUUGGCUUCUGUAUCAUGUUCAUCUCUACAAUUAUGUUCGCCUUCUCAUCGAGCUACGCUCUGCUGUUUCUGGCCAGAUCACUUCAAGGUGUGGGCUCCUCCUGCUCAUCUGUUGCCGGGAUGGGAAUGCUUGCAAGUGUGUACACAGAUGAUGAAGAGAGAGGACAUGCAAUAGGGAUUGCCCUUGGGGGUCUGGCGAUGGGAGUCUUAGUCGGGCCUCCGUUUGGAAGCAUCAUGUACGAGUUUGUCGGAAAGACUGCUCCGUUCCUCAUUCUGGCUUUCCUGGCUCUGUUUGAUGGAGCGUUGCAGCUUUUUAUACUUCAGCCCACCAAAGUAGAACCUGAAAGUCAGAAGGGGACACCGUUGUUGACCCUGAUGAAGGAUCCGUACAUUGUUAUUGCAGCUGGUGCUAUUUGUUUCGGGAACAUGGGCAUUGCCAUGCUGGAGCCCACACUGCCAAUCUGGAUGAUGGAAACCAUGUGCGCCAGGAAAUGGCAGCUCGGAGUGGCUUUCUUACCUGCAUCCAUCUCCUACCUUAUUGGAACCUACAUCUUUGGAACGCUGGCACACAAGAUGGGCAGAUGGCUUUGUGCCCUUAUUGGCAUGGUGGUGGUUGGCAUCUGUAUCAUAGGGGUUCCAUUUGCAAAAAACAUCUAUGGUCUGAUUCUCCCAAACUUUGGAGUUGGCUUUGCCAUAGGCAUGGUGGACUCUUCUAUGAUGCCUAUAAUGGGAUACUUGGUGGACUUGCGCCACGUGUCCGUUUAUGGAAGUGUGUAUGCCAUUGCUGAUGUGGCCUUUUGCAUGGGAUUUGCUUUAGGUCCAUCGAUCGGAGGAUCCAUUGCCGAAAGUAUUGGCUUCCCUUGGUUGAUGACCAUUAUUGGAAUAGUGGACAUUUUAUUUGCUCCCCUUUGCCUCUUUCUCAGGAACCCACCCGGACAAGAGGAAAAAAUGGCGAUUUUGAUGGAGACCAACUGUUCGAUGAAGACAAGGUCCUACUCCACGCAGGGAAAUUACUAUCAAGGUGAAAACAUGGAUCCCGAUUAUGAUGACGAUUACGACUAAGAGGAAAGGGAACUAGCCAUGCCGUGGGUCAAAGGGUUCAAAGGAUCUAUUUUCUUGUAUAAAACGAAAGAAGAGAGAAAAACAAAGUAGUCCAGAUGUGAAUAUGGUUUGCGUCUUCUCUAUUUAUUGUCUUAUUAGCGCUUGUACCGAGACAAACCAAAGUUGAUCUUGAUCUGUGUUGGAAAGCACACCGUGCGAGAGCCAACAGCCUUAUUUGCUAUUGAGCGUCGUUUUUGCUUCUUCUUCUUCUUCUUCUUCUUCCAAAAAGCACUUUGUAGACAGCAGAAGGGUGCCGGGAAAAUGUUCACCCAAUUCAGUCUGUUUGAUGUCACGCAAAGCCUUUUUGUUUUUUUCUCUUCGUCCUGUUUUUCCCAAUCCAUCCGACUUGUACGUGAUGUUUUUCCCUCGUGCCUAAAUCGCUUCAAAUUGUGGUGGAUGAUGCUGUCAAUGACGUACGUACGUAUACCAGUAUGUGACCUACUUAACGGGCCGUAGUGCAGUCCAACUACUGAGUGGAGGCUCAAAGGCAACAUGUCAGGCUCACUUUGUUACUGUUUGAAUCCUAAUUGUAGAAUAUGAGAAAUAAAAGUCAAAACUAAA